CAUGUCGUCCGGCUGUUUCAGAGUCACCCUGGCCCUGUAAGAGCAACUCUGUUCGCCCAUAAUUCAUUACUCAAGCCGCGUCCAAGGGCUUCUUUGUCUGUUUGCCGUUGCUCUGGCUGCCGUCGGGGGGGGCUCAGUGCAAGAGUGCAAUGUUUUCUCCCGCAUGACGCAUCAACACAUGCAACAAUCGAGUCGAUGCGUCUUUUCUCUCCCGGCAUGUGCACAUGGUUCGUAGAAAUAACAAUCGCGGGCGUAUUAUUACGAGGUAUUAUAUUAGGCGCAGCACCUCAUGCAAGCCCUUGGUACUGGAGAUUGAGGCGACAAGGCAACAGGGAAACAAGGCAACAAGGCAACAAUGCAGAACACAUGAAACCAAGUCUGCAUAUCUCAUUCGUCCGUCAGAAACUAGGCUGGGUACCGUCGCGUCGCGUUUGGGGUCAAAAGAUACAGGCAUUCGCUCUGCUGAUGGAGAAUCGAUUAAGGUCCUCUCAAAUUAAUAUGUACAGGGGAUGGUCGUCUACGCUUGCUAGGAGUGAAUGAGAGUGGAACGUUGCCUAAUCUUACAUUCCAUGC